AUGACUAAUGAAGAAACACAGAUCGGAAACGCAAAGACAUUCGGCUUGGAAAAGGAUCUGGGUCUCACGGGCCAUAAGUUUGGCAACAUCACGACUUUAUUGAGCGUGAACCUAGUUCCCUUAAAAGCCCCCUGGGUCAUGGCCAUCAAGAGCUUCGGUCCAAAUAAAGCCCUCGGCACUGCCCUUUUACUUUGUAGUUUUGUUAAACUGGAUGUUUGCAAGGCUGGAAUCUCGCCUGGCUUCUCCUAUUUAUUCUCGACCGUACAUCCCCGCAACGCGGCUGCAAAGCGUUUAAUGAUGACGAAUAUGGCUAAUUGUACAUCUGGUGCCUUUGGCGAUCUGUUCGCGUAUGCCGUUCAAAUCAUGGGAACCUGCUGGGACUCGCGCCAUAGCGAUGGCUAUUUAUCGUCGAGUUCGGGCUUACCCUGGUUGUGGGUGGCAUCUGCCGGUUGUAUCUUUUCAUCAAUUGCUCCUUUUCAAAUAAAUGGCAGCGCCGGGGCCAUUAUUGCUUGGGUGGCCACGUAUGUGUCGCCAGAUGGCAAGCGUGCUGUUGCGAUGCCUUUUGCAUAUUCGAUUGGCAAUCUGUCGUCGCUCGUAUCAUCACAACUGUACCCUAGCCAGCAAAUCCCCGGCUAUAUUGAAGGCAAUGCCAUCUCCGCCGGCCUAGACGUUGUCGUUGCGGGUCUUUUUUCUCAUGCUGGAUGCUGCUCAGAUGCAGGAACCAGAAGAAGGAAAAGCUCAUCACCGAGGGGACCACCACCAAUGGCUACGAAGAUGAUCGAGGCCUUGGUUUCAAGUACAUGCUUUGAGAGGUGA